CCACAAUCCGCACAAGAGACAGCUCGACUACCCUUUUACACGCACCAUCGACACCGACCCUUAUUCCACCAUGUCCAGUCAACCUAUCCCAAUUAUUAUCACCGGCAAGCCCCUCCCAGGUUACCCCGAACGUCCGGCGGAGCUCGCGGCGAACCUGAAGCCGCGGUACGAGGUCGUGCGCUUCUGUCUCGGCGCCGACGCGUUCAUAGCGGAGUUUCCGGGAAUCGUGAGCGGCGAGGCGGGCCCGCCGUCCAGUGGUGUCGGGUCAGAGAACCCGAGGAAACCAGUUGCAGCCGUCGUCGGAGGGGGGAUAUCAGACGAAGACGUGCAGAGGAUGAAAGCGGUGAAAGGCACAGACACGAUGAAGUGGGUUCGUCUCCCGAUGGAUACCAUGGCGAGGUUGGGUCCGCGGCUCGAUGGCCUUGAGAGAGAGCUUCUGGCGCGACUGGACGAGCUUAACCUAGUCUAGGGUGUCGAUGAAGUGCAGCAGGCGUGAUCUGUCUUUGUUGGUGCAUCGUGGAUAUAUCGGUGUAAUACUAUCAUGAAGCCUCGGUACUGCAGGCCAUAGGAAGGGAAGUUGGCGAGACACUACCUGGAGCUUA